ACUCGACGCGAAUCCCCUGCCCGACUUUCGCUCCAGAUUUCAUCACCCCCCGCACCCUAUAAAACGGGCCUCUGCCGCUCAUCCCCCUCUCUCCCUCUCCUCCCUCUCUCACACGCACGCACAGCGAAGUGACCAUGAGGAAGUCGAGCUGCGGCCAUGUGAUCGGAGUGCCUGUGACCUCCAAGGCGUACGCCUUAGAGGAGGCGACAACCAGGGGCGCCGGGGCGGCCAAGAAGGACGGCGAUCGCCUCGCCGUCUCGUUGACGCACCCGAGCCCCUACGCGUCCUUCGGCUACAAACACAGUAGCAAGGGUCAGGUGAUCCAUUGGGUGAACAAGCUGGGCAGACGGGCGCAGGGCUUCAGAGACCACGUGACCCUGGGGCCGAAGCUGUCGGAGACGGUGAAGGGGAAGCUCAGCCUGGGCGCGAGGAUCCUGCAGGCCGGCGGCGUGGAGCGGGUGUUCCGGCAGGCCUUCUCGGCCGAGAAGGGCGAGCGGCUGGUGAAGGCGCUGCAGUGCUACCUCUACACCACCAGCGGGCCCAUCGCCGGGAUGCUCUUCGUCUCCACCAGGAAGAUCGCCUUCCGCAGCGACCGGUCCCUCACAGUCACCUCGCCGGCGGGCGACGUCGCUCGGGUGCCGUACAAGGUGGUGGUGCCGCUGGGGAGGAUCAAGGGGGUGCAGCCGAGCGAGAACGCGGACAACCCGGAGCAGAAGUACAUACACAUGGCCACCGUGGACGGCUUCGAGUUCUGGUUCAUGGGCUUCGUCAGCUACCAGAGGUGCUGCAAGUACAUGCAGCAGGUCAUCUCGUCCCAGCUGUGAUGGCAAUAGCAUAGCUAAAAGUGAAGCAGGUCUGUGGGCUUCCUGCCGCAACGUCUUGUUGGAGCGCGCGCAGCAGAGAACCUCUGCUCCACCAUUUUUUGAUGAGAGCAUGUUCCGAUUGGAAUUUACAGAUGUGCCUAUUGCAAUUUCUGUUUGUAGGACCGAGGAACUUGGUCUGAAUGAAAAUUAUUUAUUUUCUUGGUAAAAAUGACGAAAACUGAUUGCUCUGCAUAUGCCUUCAAUUUUUGGAAA